AUGCGAGGCCUGAUUGGUGCGCACAUCAACCCUCGCCUGUCCAGCCCGCAAGUUGACCCCCGCCUGGCUCGCCUCGGUUCAAGCGAGCUGCAACAGGUCGACAAGCCGGCAGACCGACAGACGCGUUGUCACCGGCAGACAACGAGACUGCCACCCCUUCGCCCACCCCGCAUCCGCCAAUCACGUCCUUGCAUUUGCACCUCUUCGUGCCGCUCUCUGUUUUUCGCUCUGUCGAUCUGUCUUUUGUCACUCGCGCUCUCCGCUGCCUCGACUCACUGGCCCGAUUUGGCAACGUGA